GGGCGGGGCAUAUUUAUGCAGCGUACACUCUUGGGUGGGCGGAUCGUAGCGGUGACAGCGACGCUCGGAGACUCUAGACAAACUGUCAAAAAGGAGACAACUAACGCCAUGGCGGAGUUAGACUUGAGUCUGAGCGAUGCGCUGACGGACAGCGUUCCCCAGCCCGGCCCGGAGAACAUGGUGCACCGGGACUUUGUGGCUGAGCUGGAGGCGGAGCACUUUGACGAUAAGGUCGGAGAGACGGUGGGAAAGACGGACUACAUCCCGCUGCUGGACAACGAUGACACCAGGGCAGACGCGGGUACUGCAAUGGAGAAUGGAAAGCAGGAAGCUCGUGGGGUGCAAAAGCCUGGUAGUAAACUGACCUCGGGGGGACAGACGGCAGCGUCGCACCCGGAGCCGCAGGGGGAGGUGUGGCCACACUCGCUUGACCAGCAGCAGGCCUUGGCUUCAGACUUCUUAUCAGUCUCCGUGGCAACUUAUUCUAAUCCUCUGGGCUUUCAGACCAGCCCCGCACAAAAGAUGGAUGCUAACCUGAUGGGAGCGUUUUCAGGUUUCUCCCAGCCUGGAGGGAUUGGGAUGAACGUGGAGGUGGGAGCUGCACCCCUUCAAGCAGAAAAGCCUCCAAGUAUUGCAGAUCCUCAGAUUCUCACACCUCCAGCAGGAUCAGUCGCCCCUAAGGAGCACAGCCCCAUGCUGCCCGAACCACAAGCUCCUCGCAGCCCUUUGGAUGUAUCAGCAGGUGCCUUAGGCUGGCCAGACCAGGCUGGCUGCCUGUCGACAGACCUCCCUUUUACUCCAAGUGUCACCACAGUGAUUGCUCGACAUGCCAGCCAUCUUGCAGCCAGCCCUGAGGACCCACCUGACAGUUGGCCUAGCCGUGAGAGCGCUGCCUAUGCUGGAGGCGACGAAAGGGACAGGGAUGGAUCAGACCGAAAACAAAAGAAGAAGAAGAAAAGACGACAGAAAGAUGAGGGAUCCUACGAACAACUGGAGAGCAAGGGCCACCCUGAGAUGCAAGCACUGGGAGAAAGCACCCGACCAACAGAGGAGUUCUAUCAUAGGAUUGGCCCAAGGAGGGAUAAAGCAGAGGGUGGUUGGGAGGAGCAACUUGGGAAGAGUGGAGGCCGAGGGAAGAAGGGGAAGAGCAGGAAGAAGCUUCCAGAGGAGUGGGGAGUGGCAGAACCAUUUGUUCCUUCAUCUGCUGUGACCUCUAACAUUACAGAGGAGGACAUGAUGGAUCUUGGGAGUUCAACUCUGGACAACCUUGAGGCCUACUUGGCAGAUGAAGAUUCAAGCCAGAGCCCCUGGAAAAAGGAGGUCUACCCAGAUGAAGGCUUGGUAUCUUCCCCUCUGUCUCAGGAUCUUUUCUCCCCAGGAGCGGCUCCCAUUAGCCCACUGGUCCUGAACAGUGAGCUGAAAGCCACAGCAGCUCCGUUUACUAUGCCCUCUACCACCAAUGGCAAAUCACUCGGUUCCUUCCCUGUGGCCCCUCCAUGUUGUGACCCAUUUGAUCUCUUGAUGGAAACCGAAAAUGCAAGUCUGGGCAACAGCAAAGAGGCUAUUUCGCCACCUUUUUCUCCAGAGAAUGAAGCAGCAGUUGGUAAUCUGGUAGACAGCGGCAUGUUUGACAACAGCAGUUCUCUCCAGGAAUGUUGUGAGCAAGCUACGCCUGAGGCAGACACCUCAGCCUUCAGCCCUGCCACCCAGCCAAGCCCAAAUUGUUCCCCUGAAGGUGAGGUGUUAGCCUCAGCACCACCUCUCUCGCCGUCUGAUGCUUCAUGGGUUCUGAACAGCUCAAAUAUGAGCAGCAACAGCGAUUUAUUUAAUUUUGCUGACAUGGGUGUGCUAGCUCGUCCUUUACCCUUAGGUCUAAACUUCGACACCCCAAGCCCAGCACCUCUCCGUUCCCCAAAAACUACGGCACAGGAAUUCCAAGCCAGAGAGCUCAAAGAAGGCAAAUCAUCCCCAAAACAAUCCAAGAAACCACGCUCUUCAUCUUCUUCAUCCUCUGUUAAGAGUCCAACCUCCCCAGAAGCUAAAAGGUUCUCUCCAAUGGCAUCGCCUGUCACCAGCCCCUCUUCCCCUCCAUCGGUCCCCCCUCUGGCAGUUCCAGGAUCUGGUCUUAAUCCUGCAGCUAAGCCCUUCUUUCCCAGCUUUGCUGAUCCCAUGGAAGAACCAGCUGUGGCCAAUCAAGAUGUUCCUCUCGUUGAAGUAAAAUCAGAAAUGACAGAGAAGAAGGAGGAGAAGAAGGAGGAGAAGAAGAAGGAGGAGAAGAAGGAGGAGAGUGUGAAGAAGGUGGACCUGUUUGACCCUGUGGAUAAAAUCGAGCAGAAGAGUGUAAAGGUUGAGUUCACGAGCAGUGAGAGUCCGGUUAAGGUGGAGGAAGAGGGAGAAAAAGACAAAAUGAAGGAGGCAGAGAAACGGGAAGAGAAGGUGGAUAGAAAUCAAAAGGAGGCAGAAAAUCUGAUAGAAAAGGUGGAUGAAAAACAAAGGGAGCCUGAAAAAGAGAUGGAAACAGAGAAAGUGCCGCCUGUGCAACAAAAGCCUGAGAAAGAGGAUGAAGUGAAAGCAGAAGAAUUGUCAGACAAAUCAGAGAUAAAUAAAGCAGAGAAGACAGAGAAAGAAGAAAAAGUGGAGGCUACAGAAAAGCUGGAGGCUGACGUCGAGAAAGCACAGAAUGUGGACAAAAUUGCACAAAAUGACAAGUCCAAAGUGUCCAAAGUGGAGGACAAAGCAGAGAACAAGACCACAGAGAAGCCCGAGAUCACAGAAAUGAAGGACGGCAAAGAGCAGCACAUCAACAAAGUGGAAAAGACCCCAGAGCAACAGCCGACAUCCGUCAAGCUCGAGACCAGCUGUGACCAGACAGAGAAGAAGGCCGACACGGAGACAAAGGCGACAGCGGAGCUGGAAGACGCCAAGACAGAAAAGGCUGACGCAGGCGAGGCCAAGAAGACGGAGAAAGACGGUGAGGCGGCGAAGCCGUCUGAGAAGCCGGUGGAAAAAACAACACAGAAGGAAGAGAAGCCGGACAAAACCCAGGAAGACAAAAAGACGGUUGAGAAGAAAGACGAGAAGAAGGACAAGGCUGCAAAGGCAGACGGAGACAAGGCGAAGAAACCUACCAAACCCUCAGCCAAUGGAAGCAUUUCAACACCAAGCAAAGAGCUGGCAGACAGGAAGACCAAGCCUGCUGCCGGGGCAACCAAACCAAGCGCAGCUGCCAAAAUGCGCCCGAGCACUGCAGGUGCUGCUGGUCCUGCUCCAGGCCUGACUAAGCGUCCCGUAUCCUCUGUCGCCACCUCCACCCCCCACACUACAGACAAAAAAACAACCACAGCUAAAGCACCUUCCACAACAGCUGCAGGGUCUAAGCGACCCUCCACCACUUCUGCCAGCCGCCUCACAUCAUCCUCCACCAGCACGACACGUGAGCUUAAACCCAAGACAACAACAGAGAAGCGCCCCCUAGUGACAAAGUCCAGCACUGCUGCCUCAAAUCAAACAGGUUCAGCCAGCAGAAACACGUCUGCUGCCACAGCAGCCAGUAAAACCACUGCACCAGUGCGCACGGCAGGAUCUACUCGCACCACUACCACUGCUGCAGCCAGAAAGCCUCUGGCCUCUAAGACAGACAGCAAACCAGGAGAGGAGAAGAAACCCAGCGCCCCGAGGACUUCGACAGCUGACUCAAGCAAGCCUAAGACCACCACCACCCGCAGCACUGCCUCCACCACCACCACCACUGCCUCCCGCACACGAACCACAGCAGCCAAACCAGCAACGGCAUCCUCCGCCGCAGGCACGGGGCCAGAGAAGAAGCCCCCGGUGCCCCGCGCCCCGCGGGCCGCCUCUUCAACCACAGCGACCACCGCUUCCCGGAGCACAGCUCGCCCCGCCACAGCUCCCGACGUCCGCAACGUCCGCUCCAAGAUCGGCUCUACGGACAACAUGAAGCACCAGCCCGGAGGAGGGAAGGUGCCUCCUUCCUCUCAGAGCAGGGGUUUCACCUCCAAAGAAAGCAGCCAGGGCAAAGUUCAGAUAGUCUCCAAAAAGCUGGACUUCAGCCACGUCACAUCUCGCUUGGGCUCCAAGGACAAUAUGAAGCAUGUUCCUGGUGGAGGGAAUGUGCAGAUUCUCAACAAGAAGGUGGACGUCAGUAAGGUGACGUCAAAGCUGGGCUCCAAGGACAACCUUAAGCACAAGCCUGGAGGCGGCGAUGUGAAGAUCGAGUCCCACAAAGUGAACUUUAGGGAAAAGGCUCAGUCCAAAGUGGGCUCCAUGGACAAUGUGAGCCAUUCACCUGGAGGAGGAAACAUCAAGGCUGAGGGGGCACAGGAGGCAACAGAGGGGAGUGGGGACCCCCGGAGUGGCAGCCCUGCCCCGGCCCCAGGCUCCGAGCCAGGGCAGGCUGGGGGCCCCGCUGCCCUGAAGAAUGGGUUGAAGGACGGGGCUCCCUGUCAUAGUGAGGGCCUCCAGGAGCCCCAGGCUCUGGACUCACACAUCCCAGAGACAAAUUGAGUCUUUCAAGCUCAACUUCCGCGAGAAUGCUCGCUCUCGCACGGACCACGGCGCUGACAUCGUCACCUGGCUAGCCCCACAGGACAACAACAGUAACAGACCCCACCCACACGGCUCCUCUUAUUCCCUACACACCAACUACCACCAACAACAACAGCAACCGACAACUCGUAGUGUCUCCCUCAUCGAGUCGCUGGCUUCGGUCGGCUGCGUCAGCUCCCCCUCCGCCCCCUCCUCGCUGCAGCUCCAGGUGGAGGUCCAGGGGGUCGACCGCAGCAGCUCCUUAAAGGGAUCGUGACCUUUGUGACCCCUCUUAAUAUCUCUAACCUGCUAUUGCUACAUUUUGACCCAUCGAGUAGUUCCAUCAUGCUUUUCCUCUCACACUGAUUGUGCGCCGUCACCCUCACCCUGCUAGAUUUGGCUGAGUGACUGUGUAGACUGUGCCUGGUGAGAGGCGAAGGGGAAACGAGGGCACAGUAAGGUUUUCUCACAUUCUGGGUUUUUGCUUGGAUCCUCUUCACCCCACAGCCUUGUGGCAGACUGUGCUCUCCAUCACCCUCCCCCAGUAGCAUCCGCACCCACAGCAGCGUCAGCAGCAAAUCACUUCACUCAUCUACUAAUCAGCAUGGAAACCCUGGCUUCUCUUUCCUUUGUGACUCUAGGGGCUGUUUGUUACCUGCAUCCACUUACUCUCUGCUUCAGUGACAUCAUAGUAACUCAUCUCACCGUCUCCUCCUCUCUCUCUUCAGCAACACUUACCAUAAACGCGCUGACAAACAAAAUAAAGCUAGACAACAUGUAGGCUGUUUAACUCUUUAUUCUCUGUGUUUGUGAUGAUGUGUUUGAGUGACACAAAUCGUGUAAAAAUGAGCUUCGGUGUUCUGCUCAUCUUAUUUCUUGCGUCUUUCUUUUUUCCUUCCCCCCUCCUUCAUUGAUUUUAAAACAAAGUUGUAUUUAUUUAUAGUGUCUUCCUGCAUAAGCAAUACAACGGGCGGUCGUUUUUUUUUGUCUGAUCAGAAAAUCUUGGAAACACGCACAGGUUUUUCUAAACCAAGACACACAGUGACGAAAGAGAUUCAGGGGGAGAGAGGACGUUGAAAAAGCAGGCGUGGCUAGAAGCGUGAAAAGGGUUGUUUUUUUAUUAAUGGCAAAAUAGCAAGAAGCCUGUAACCUGAACGUUUCUGAAACGUAAUAGAGGAAGAUGAAGUUCAGUCUGCAGCCCAAAUGUGGAUGAGGAAAUAUGAAAUAUGUCUGAAGUCGAAGGAGCUGUGUGUAUCGUAUGUGCCUCCUGUCAUUUUGAAGUACAGCGAAUGAGGCUGACCCAGGCUCUGACCUAAAACUGCUCAGAGGGAGUGAAAGGAAAUGCCAGGAGAAACCUGGUGCUGCUGUUAAAAGGAAAUCCUGUAAGUGACCCUUUCCUGAUAGUGCUUCUCGUCCCAUUCAGGUGUGUGAGGAUCAUGGUAGCAUGUUAUUUGGCUAAAGCUUCAGCUGACACUCCUGUGUCCUGUUGGAACAGCAGCGGGGACGAUGUGGCUUUAUCCUCUUCUAUUGUAGCAAUGUAAUCAAAUGUUGCCUUUGUAAUGCAUGGCCAGAUAAUAUGACUCUAGGUUAAAGGCUGAUGUCCAUUAUGAAAGUGUUGUGGUUUGGUCAAUUAGUGUCGAGAUUAGCUGAUUUAUGUUUUAAAGGAAACAGAGAGGAAGAACCAGUUUGUUAUCUUUGUUUCCCCUUUUUAAAAUCAUGAUUGAAUUUCACAGCUGACCACAGAUUUGUAUGCACCAACUCCGUGGCUCAAACACACACACAGGUCAGCCACUGUCAGGAUUUAAAGAGGGUUUCUUUUGUUUGUUUGUUUGCUCUUUUGGCUUCGUCAAACUGAUUCUGUCAGCAGUCGUUAAAGUAAUAUAACAAGGGCUGGGUAUCAUCUGAAACUGAUACCAUACAUCUAACUGACUGGCAAAUGAAAAUAUGAUAGAUCAAAACAUUAUCUCAUAAAGUUAGGAUGGGGAACGUGUUAGCAAACAUAGCAUGCCCUUUUCAGUCCAUGUAAUACGUCUUACCUUAAUAAAAGAACAGCAUUUUCUUUUUAUCUCCGACUCAACCAACUCUUUAGCUGCUACAUGCUACAGUUAACGGCUAGCUUUUUUCACCACUCAGCUGCUAACUGUACUUGCCUCCCAUCUGGUGCUUUUUUUAAAACUGCAAACAGCUGUCUGCUGUUAUGUCUGAAAACAGGGUUCAUGACAAUGAAGUAAAACAGCAAAGUUCCAAAUUAUAAAACCAAAACAAUGCGUUGAAAGAAGCUAACAAGCUUCUGGUAGCUAGCAGUAGCUACCAUGUUUGAAAAUGUUACCUCACUAGCAUGAGAGGUUUGUUUGUACUUCUCUGUUGAUAUCACAAUAAGAAAUAGUGCUGUUAAUCCUUUUGGCCACAAUAAUCUAAGCUAACAUUGUGACGCCACGAGGUGAAACUUAUCGUGUAACUGCCAAAAUGUUUGAGGUAUACCCGACAGUUUUCUGAAGAACAGUACUUACGUUUGAACUACUCACACAGUUGUUUCCAGUCUGUGUUUGCAAAGUCAUUGUUUUUGUCAAAUGUAGCAAAAUUCCCAAAAAGCAAAAUGCAAAUUCAGCUUCAUUAGGCUCUUCCUAGCAAUAGCAUCCAACUACAGAAACACAGAGGUUUUCAGUGCAAGCUGACACUAAAAUCAGUGAUUUGUAGAAAAGCUCUGAUGACAUUAAUUAGCACCUUAAAGCUUGAGUGUAUCAGCGAGGGUUGACUUAUGGAGUGGAAAUAAUGAGGAAUAAGUGAUCCUUCAUUCUGAGUGAGCUUUUGCAGUAGUGUGAAUGCCCAUGCCCUCUCUCUUCUUCUUCAGCUGUUAAUUGAUUUAGUCAUUGCUAAUUUUUAACAGAAGUACAGGGACGGGAAGUCAACCAAUGUCUUUGGAAUUGUCUUUGGGAAUAUUUCACAUGCAGAUGGUGGCGCAUUAAUAAAAGCUGUCAUCAAGCAGUUGAAUUGCUUUGUUUGCGCCGCAGCAGCUGUCUUCUAGCAAAAAGCUUCCUUGUGCCUGUCCCAACUUCUUCUAGCUUUGCUUUUCUCCCAGAGUUUCUACUUACCAGUACACGGGUGUACAGAUGUGCUCUGUAGUCCUCUUCAUGGCCCCUAAAAUAUAAGAAGUAAACAAAGUAGAUACCAAGCAGGGUUGGUUGGUGGGGAGUUUUCCAAGUACCCUUAAGGAAGCAUCAUAACUAUUAUGGCUGUUUUUAAGAACUGCAAAAAUAAAAAGGUCUACCUGUUUUUAUUGAAAGGGGCCACCGAAGUAAAGAAUGUCUUUUGAGAUAUAAGUGCAGUAAAGACACAACAUAUGCACUCCUGUAGCUCUGUGGGGGGCGUGCUCAUCUGAUUGGAGGGUGUAAAAUAUCAAAUUUGUCACAGCCCCUUUUACAGACUGCAUCUCGCCCAGAAUUGAGACUCCCAGUGCAGCACUUCUUCAAGUCUUUCAAAUAUUAUAGCAGAUGAUUUUAUUUGGAGUUGUGGCAGCAGCUCGAUUUAGAAACAUUGACGUAUAUAUGCUUAAUAAUUUAAUUAACUGCAGCCUUUUUAACAAAAUGUAUAGUGCAUGCACAUGUAUGUCUGCACACUAUGAAAUUAUGCUUGCAAGCCCAGUCCUAAGAGAUGAGAAACGUUUCUGUAAGCAUACAGUGACCUCUGCAGGUUCAUAUAAUAAAAGAAUAAAACUAAAUGGGAAUGAAGCUAAUGCACCUGAAUCACAUGCCACUGCAUAACAGUGGGCACAGAGGUCCACAUACAGGCCUGUCAUUUGGACAUUCUGCAUAUCAAAGCCUAUUAGCCGCUCUGUUACGGCACUCAGAGGGCAGAGACCCUAAAACGUUCUUAUUUGAGGCUGAGAAAAUGAACCGUAGCUAACAUUUUGGCUUAUUUAAUAAAAGCUCCUCUGAAAUCUGUCCAAGGAGCCUCGUAGUGCUUCAUCGAACGCUGCCACACUCACACCUGACAUGCAAGUGUAACACUAGCUAACGAACACCUACUGUACCUGCAGAGCAUGCUGAAAAACUAUGGGAUGUGUUAGGUAGACUUUGUCAUUUGAAGAACCUCCUUGUUUUUGUUUUGUUUUUUGCGUGUGUGUGUUUGUUUUUCAUAAUUUGAAUUUUAUUUUUCGGUUUGGAAAAAAAUUUAUUGUGAUUACUUGUUAAUUAGUGAUGUGAUAAUUAAACAAAUAAAUUGGACUAAAACUCA